UGGGUUCUAUUUACAUCUGUGAUCAGUCUGCAAGAUGGCGGCCCGUGUUGUCGCAGCUGCGACGGUGAAAGCAGUAAAAGGUGUCAGGAAAGCAAUACCAACUAGAGCAGCACUCGUACUAACGCCAGCAGCUGUCAACAAAGUGAAGGAGCUGAUGAAGGCGCGUCCGGAUAGCAUAGGAUUGAAGGUGGGCGUGCGGCAGCGCGGCUGCAACGGGCUUAGCUACACGCUGGAAUACGCCACCGAGAAGGGCCGGUUGGACGAGGAGGUGGUCCAGGACGGGGCGCGCGUCAUCAUCGACCGCAAGGCGCAGCUGACGCUGCUCGGUACCGAGAUGGACUACGUCGAGACGCGCCUCGCCUCGGAGUUUGUCUUCAACAACCCCAACAUCAAAGGCACCUGUGGCUGCGGCGAGAGCUUCUCGGUGUGAGAGCGGCAGUCGGAGGCGUUCGCCGCACGGAAGAGGUCUCGCCGUUCUGCGCUCUGCGUCUCCUUUCCGUCUCGGCCCGUGUCGACACUGUGGCGACCUUGCUUAGCUCAGUAAUGUUCCUGUUUAGUUAAGUUUUUUUCCUGCUAGAUGUACCUGCCAGUUACGACAGUACUAGAUAUAUGGUGCUACCCGAGUGUUUUCAGGAUUUGACAGUUUUGGAGAGUGCAAGAGUAAAAGCGAACUGCAGGAUCGAUACUGACUUUUUUCACAGCAGAAUCCUCAGGUAAAAUGUUCUCGGUUAACUCACUGGUGAAAUUCAGAUGACGUCAGACAUAUUUCAGCAGUCUGGGUGGGGCUCCCAGUCUCGCGAUACGGCAGCUUCCGGUCGUGCACCCUGUGUCGUCGUGACAUUACGGGGUGGGGAAUGCCGAAGUGUUGCCCUCUCCUGCCAGACGGUGAGUUUACACGCACACUGGCUGGUGUCACUCGCACACUCUGCGUGGUAAACUGUACGCCGCCUCCUCGCCUGGUAUUUCUCUCACGUGAUGUUAACGGGGUAGACGCACAGCUGGCAGGUCGGCGAUGGUGCUCAUCUUUUGUGCACUUGCGGUUUAUAUUUAGAUGUAACAGACACCACUUUGGUACAACACACUUCUCAGUCUUUUUUUGAGAAACAGAGGUUCAGAGCCUCGCGAUCCUACCACGUACCGCACGAAAGUGCAGGUUGUCGAGCGGCGGUGUCAGCGUGACCGGUCGAGGUGGCCUGCUCGAUCCUACUGCAUCCGAAUUGUCCUCCAAACACUCUUGUUGGUACAAUGAAAGUUUGCUUAGAAAAUAUCAGUAUAAUAAUCAUAUUAAUACAUUCGAGCUUGUAUUGCAGGAAAAUCAUACCAGGCUAUACCUGCUUAGAAUAGUGUGAAAUUUAUUGAAAUAUGCGUAUGAAUAUCGUCAUCAUCAUCAUCCAUUAUCGCACCUCAGUUACAGCUCACUGUGAGUGUGCGACAGUGAUCCGUCAUCAGUCAGUCAGUUUACUCACUGCCGAGUGUCGUGACCUUAUUUCUCGAGUACCUGAAUCUUUAAAAAGUUGUCUCCACUCAGAAAUCUUCAGCACUUCCUAAUAUGUGGAGUGAUAAGCCAGUAAUCUUCUUCAUUUUACCCAGUCAACUUGUUCCUGCUCUUCCUCGUAGUCUUCUGUCUUCAGUUUUGCUUCACGAAAUAAUCUUUCCGAAAUUAUCCCCUUCCCUUCUCAAAAUGUGCCCAAGAAAACUGUAUCUAUCUUUGACUGAUGCGGAAAGCUAAACUUGUUAUGUUACAUUCUUCUAGAAGAUAAGCACCGGUUCUUCUUUCUGUCCGAGGUACACACAUUUUCCGCCAACACCGCAUCUCGAAGGCACCAAUUCUGGUCGUGUGACUAGCUUACACAGUCAAAGUCUCGCAGAUGUAUAACAACACAGGGAGCACCAGUGAUUCCACCGAGCAUAUCUUCUUUGUUUUGGAUGUUGCCUGGUUCUGCCAGAUCGUGGAGAGUUUGGCUGUCGAGACUUAACAAAGGAGAUUUUCAUGUUUUAUUUCUUUAUCAUAGUUUCUUGUGUCAUUGAUAAGAGAUCAGAUAUAUACAGUCAUUCGAUACCUCCAUAUUCUCCUAGCAAGCUGCAAGUUGGAUUUGAUCUGUAUUUAGAAAUAAAAAAAAUGCUUUUCGAAACAACCAUCAUUAUUUCUUCUUCUUCUUCUUCUUAUUAUUAUUAUUAUUUUCUGGCCAUCGAGGACCAUGUUAAGUCCUGUUAUAUUUCGCAGUGAACUUCAUUUUCUUUGAAGCGCAGAGUUCGAUUGGGUUUGCUUACGUUCCUCCAUCCACAAGAAGGGCCUCUCCUUUUUGGCCGCUCGUCUUGGUAUAGCCUGUUCGUCACUAACUUCUUAUGGAAGAGAUCUGUAUCACAAGCAUCUUAAGUUUUGAUUUGUAAGAGUUGGAGGUCCUAGUAACCUUUUCCUGGAACUCUGUGACCCUUUGUCAAAGUUUGUCAGUAUAUGAUCUGUUUCAAGGUUUUCAGACUGUUUCUGGGGAUCGAUUUGAAUCUAAUUAUUGACAUUUAGUGAUUUGGAGCUACAUUUAUGCCUUACUCAAACUUAGAUUUGUAAUCUCUGUACUCUUUCUACUGGAUAUUGCGACUUGAAAAAUUUCGAUCUUUCCUGCAGUUCGGACAGGAAAUGGCCAAAUUGUCUGGCUUCUGGGUAGUUGCCAAAAGUGGGUGUGUGACCAGCAAGUUGCGAAUUUCACAUCUGGAGACCAGUAUGUAGGUCAGUUGUCUUGUGGACAGGAUAGCAACUAAUCACUCUUCCAUACUUUCAUUCUCAAAUAUUCUGGGCAUCGGUAUCACCCUUAAGAAGCUUCGAAAUUUGUAACCGAUUAAGCAGGUCGUUUGUCAGUCGCAGCAUAUGUGAUUCUGACCAUUGUAGAUCCCUUGAGGAUCCUUUUUUGAGCUCUACUGCUUUCCAAAAAAUCUGAUAUAUUCGAGGAAAAAAUAUCAAUAGACAGUAAGGCAGCAGAGUAGGUUUGAGUAGAGUAGUCUCUCACCUUAGCUGGUUAUGGUAACGUUGCUGCUAGAUGGCUGACCCUCUCGUGCUGUAUCUGACAGCUUCGUAACACGUACGUCAGUCGCAGAAAUGCUCAAAGUGCUUCAUACUAGAGUGGCAUUUGUUGUAUCUAAUUACGUACUAAAAGUGCGUGAAAGAUCGCUGAAGAAGUGUCUUGUGUGCACUUCCCUCAUAAGAGUGUAGAGUCACUGUUAAAGUUAUCACAGUCUGAUUUGAAUGCAUCACCUAAAGUGAUAGUCCUGUAAUUUUCUGCUCUCGUGGUACGUGUAGCAGCUUUUAUCCUUCGAAGUUCGUACCUGCGAUCAGAUUGCUGUGCUGUUCACUGGAAUUGCUACUGUAAGAUUGCAGUGGAUGUUGGAAAUUGUGGGAAUUUCCCAUAAAAAAUAAGGCAGCUGGCGGGUGCAGCUUUUGUAUUACUGGAGGCCUGGAAAAUGCUUGCAAAACCACAUACGUCCAGUAUUCGAGCUCUGCAAAAUAAUGGGCACUUCUGUAUGGAUGUGGUAUUGUAGCUGUGCUCAUUUGUGUUAUAGUGUUCAGAAUGCAGCCUUCUGUUUGUACAGGGUCAAAAGUUUCCAUGUCUCUCCUGUUAGUCUUCCUCCUUUGUUACGCAGAUCUUUGAACCGAGACUGGUGCUCGUUUACACCGGGCCUUUCCCUACUACAAAUUUUUCAACAGUUUUGCAAUUUGUAAAAUAGCUAUAAAAAUCACUUCUAUUGUGUGGGAGCUAGCAUAGUUUGUGAUGGGAAUUAAUUUUUCUAAUUUUGUCUGGACAACGUGAGUAUACUUUACCAAUUUCAAAUAAAAGGAUUCCACAGUUUCAAUAAAAUUAGGCAGUAAACUGUUAUAAUGUUGAUUACACUCAUUAUUUUCUGUGCUAUCCUAAAGGUUGUUGACACAUUAUGUUAAAAAGAAAAUAACUCGAGAUUCUCUGCAGCAGGUUCUCAGGAGAAAGUUUUACAGUUUCACACACCUCGUGUAACCCAUAAUUAUUUCAUCGUGCCACCAUUCACUUAAUACUGGUGAAAAGCUUUCUGUGUCAGCAACCACAAAGGACAGAGCAAAUGUCAGUAUUAAGUUUUUUUUACUUCAUAUGACCCUUUUUCUGCACCUCAUACUGUUGUCCUUUCAACUGAGUUGCCACAGAUGUACGAAUACAGAAAUCCAGCCAAACGUUACCUUUCCGUACGGUGCAAAAUUGAUAAUUUUAUGUUAUUAAAAAUAGGAAUGCAGUGAUCCAGAAUUAAUGAAAGGAAAUAGUAAAGAAAAGCAAACACUGUUAACUUCUAAAGUGCUUGUUGUAAGUGAUGCAAGAUAGUUUCCUGUCUAAAGCUCUGUGAUUGUGACUCUAUUAUACAGUAUAUACUGCCCAUGUUCCAAAGGUUAGCUGUUUCAAUGCUCCCACUGUUAUCAUUCUUCAUUGACUUUACCUUUAGCAUAAAAUGUAGUACUUACUUUUGUAUCAGUUCCACAGUGUUUUCAAACUGUGAAUCAUUCCUGCAAACCAAGUACCAGUAUAUAUUCUAAACUUGUACAUAGAUUGUGCACCUCUUGUGGGCGAUGAAAACAAACUUUUUUCUGUACAUAGCACAUCGUUAAACUGUACAUAUUGAUAUUUUUGUUGUUUUUUUGUUAUUAAAAGCCAAAAAUUUC